UCCAUUAUUUUCCCUCUCUAAUGCCACUUGUCAUUAAACAACAAAUCUUGCCCUUUACGACUUCAAUUCAAGACCACCGUAGUCCGUCCCCUGUUCAAACUUCGAAGCUUUAACGGAUGACCCAAAUCAGCAUUUGAUUCAGGGUCUGUGUUUAAAGUGGCAGAAAACAGAAAAGUCUGGAGCUUUACCGAGGAAAAGAAACCAAAAGAAUGAAAAAGGGAGAAAAAGCAAACAAAAGUACUAGGGUUGUUGAAGCUUUGUUCUGAUUCUUGUUUAAUCAUAGCAAAUUUGCCUUCAAAGUGGGAAUUUAAAAGUGGGCAUAAGAGAUGAAGCUUGGUGGUGAUGCCUUGUCGGCUUUCAAGCUCUGUCAUCUCUUUUUUUCUUCCAAGAAUAGUGAAAGAUUUUUGAGACAGGUGACAAAGCAUGAGGAAUGAAAAGUUGGGCAAAAAGCAGAAGAGGGCUCAAGUUAAAGUUAAAUUGCGAAAGGUCAUGAAUUGUCUCUGCUCAGGGGAACUUGCGAAAGCAGAUGAAAUGAUCCCUUCUUCUGAAUCACUUGCAACUAAGGAUUAUUCCACAAGUGUUUAUUCUUCUCAAGCUGGAGAAGCUGAAAGGAAGCCUGAUGCAGGCAACAUUGAAGAGGCUGAAUCGUCUCUGCGUGAGAGUGGUUCUUUGAAUUAUGAGGAAGCCAGAGCACUGUUAGGAAGAUAUGAAUAUCAAAAGGGAAACAUAGAAGCUGCUUUACAUGUCUUUGAAGGAAUCGAUAUUGCUGCAGUUACUCCGAAGAUGAAAAUCGCACUUGCCAGACGAGGAGACCAUCCCAGAAAACAAUCUCAAAAUUAUUCCUCGCUGCCCAUGUCAUUACAUGCAGUUAGUUUGCUCCUGGAAGCAAUAUUUCUAAAAGCGAAAUCUCUUGAGGCUCUCGGGAGAUAUAAAGAAGCUGCUCAAUCAUGCUCAGUUAUUCUGGACAUAGUUGAAUCUUCAUUACCAGCAGGCUUGCCUGAAAACUUUGCUGCUGACUGUAAAUUGCAGGAGACACUGAGCAAUGCUGUUGAGUUACUUCCAGAACUGUGGAAACUUGCUGAUUUUCCCAGUGAGACAAUCAUUUCAUACCGGAGGUCCCUUCUUCAUCCAUGGAAUCUUGAUGCACAAACUGUUGCCAGGAUUCAAAAAGAGUUUGCUGUCUUUCUUCUUUACAGUGGAGGUGAGGCAAACCCUCCGAACCUGCGAUCCCAAAUGGACAGUUCUUUUGUUCCUAGAAACAAUAUUGAAGAAGCUAUUCUUCUUUUGAUGAUUCUAUUGAGAAAAGUUUCUCUCGAUAGAAUUGAGUGGGAUCCAUCGGUUUUGGAUCACCUUACUUAUGCAUUGUCUAUAUCAGGGGGUUUAAGGGCUUUAGCUUACCAAGUGGAAGAAUUGCUUCCGAGGACAAUAGAACAGAAAGAUAGGUAUGAGAAGCUGGCCCUCUGUUAUUAUGGAGAAGGCGAUGAAUGGGCUGCUUUGAAUUUGUUGAGGAAGUUGUUGAGUAGGGCGGUUGAUCCAACAUGUGUUCCAGCAUUGCUAUUGGCUUCCAAACUUUGCGGGGACAGCUGUUCAUAUGCAGAAGAUGGGAUUAGCUUUGCUCAACGAGCCAUUGAAAGCUUGAAAGGAAGAUGUGAUCAGUUGACUGGUGUUGCCAAUUUUCUAAAGGGUAUAUCACUUUCAAAUAGUUCCAGAUCAGCUGUGAGUGAUUCUCAGAGGGUACAGAGACAGACUGAGGCACUUCACUCCCUAGAAAUUGCCGGUAAAAUUACCCAGAUGAAGGACCCCAUGAUUAUUUACCAUCUUAGCUUAGAAAAUGCUGAACAAAGGAAGUUGGAUUCUGCAUUUUAUUAUGCAAAAUUCUUGCUCGAAUUGGAAAAUGGUUCUAAUCCUAGGGCGUGGUUAUUAUGUGCUCGCAUAUUAUCAGCUCAGAAACGGUUUGUAGAUGCCGAAAGUAUCAUUAAUGCAGCUCUAGAUCAGACAGGAAGAUGGGAUCAGGGAGAUUUGUUGAGAACUAAAGCUAAACUCCAAAUUGCACAGGGUCAAGUCAAGAAUGCAAUAGAAACCUACACUCAGCUUCUUGCUGUUCUUCAAGUUCAACUCAAAAGUUUUGGUUCAGGGCAAAAGCUUGAGGGUGGAUGGAAACAGAAUAGAAAUUUGGAGCUGGAAACUUGGCAUGAUUUGGCUUCCAUCUACAUUAGAUUGUCUCAGUGGAGGGAUGCUGAAAUCUGUCUUUCCAAGUCUGAAGGCAUAAAUCGUCAUUCUGCUAUGAGGUGGCACACUGCUGGUAUGCUUCACGAAGCUAAGGGCCAGCACAAAGAAGCCCUUAAAGCUUUUGCACAUGCUCUGAGUAUUGAUCCCAGUCAGGUCCCAAGUCUAGUCUCGUUGGCAGUGGUUCUUAGACGGAUGGGCACUCAAUCACCUGCAACUGUUAGAAGCUUUUUGACGGAAGCAAUACGGCUCGACAGAAUGAAUGCUUCUGCGUGGUAUAACCUUGGCCUUGUUUUUAAAGAUGAAGGCCCUGGCUCAGCUACAGAAGCUGCUGAAUGUUUCGAGGCUGCUGCUUUCCUUGAGGAGACGGCACCAGUUGAGCCCUUCAGAUGACCACCUAUGCCCUGUCUCUGUGUAGGAGGCAUUUCGGUUGCUUUAAUGACCUGUAUCUCAUUCGUACAUAGUCGAAGCAGACGGGCGUUUCUCUUUUUGUUACUUGGGUCGGAACACGUUGUAUUAUAUAAGAAGAGCAAUUAGAACUUUGAUUCUUAAUUUACUCUGCCCUCAGUUGUAAUUGCCUUUCUUUUCUUGGUA